AUGGAUCCUCUUGAAAGAGGAGCUGCCCGAGGAGCCGUCCAACAGCAUAUCGCUCCUGUCAAUGCUAACCGUCAAGCUAAUUUCGUUUUUAAUGUCCAACAACAUGGCAAUGAAAAUGGCAACAUUCCAUUACGAAAUUAUGCUGACGGUUUCAUCGAGGCUAAUAACCUUGUUCCACCCCCUCAACCCCAAGGCCAGGACCUUCGCGAAGACCCAAACGACGCUGAAGGUUUGUUUCCUGGAGAGGACGAAGAAGAUGAGGAAGAAGUUCCACCUCCACAGCCUGUUGACCACGCAAUUCCAGUGCCAAACGUUAACGCACGAGCCGGCAGGCGACCUUAUCACGAGAUUGCACGAGAAAAUCCAGAGGCACUAAACGUGCUUUUAACCAGGGAAAUCCCCCAACUUACGAAUCAGUUACAAUAUACAAUGGAACAAAUGAAUCAACUGAUUCAACGUCAGUUAGACAAUUAG